GCCCGCGGGUCGCGCCACAGCGAGACGAAGCCCCGCGGCCGCUGCAGCAACAGGCGGCCGGCUGAGCUCGCGGGCGGAGGCGGCGCGGGAGCCCGGGGCGCGAGGAGGGGCGCCGGGGCCCGCUGCAGCCGCCCGGCCCCCGCCGCAUGGAAGAGCGUCUCAGCCUGCUGAGCUCGCCGCCGCCGCCGCCGCCGCCCUCCGCCCCGCACCGCGCCCACCCUCCCCAGCGCCCAGCCGGCGGCGGCGCCUGCACCCUGGUGAACCCGGGCUACGCCGAGUCCGCCGUGGGCCCCGAGCUGCCGCCCGACAUGACCGUGGUGCCGGGGGACCACCUGCUGGAGCCGGAGGCGGCGGGCUGCGGCGGGGACCCGCCUGAGGGCGGCUGCGGCGGCGGUGGCGGCGGCGGCUGCGACCGAGACCGAGACCGAGACCGAGACCGCUACGAGCCGCUGCCGCCCGCGCUGCCGGCCGCCGGCGAGCAGGACUGCUGCGGGGAGCGCGUGGUGAUCAACAUCUCGGGGCUGCGCUUCGAGACGCAGCUCAAGACCCUCUGCCAGUUCCCCGAGACGCUGCUGGGCGACCCCAAGCGGCGCAUGCGGUACUUCGACCCGCUCCGCAACGAGUACUUCUUCGACCGCAACCGGCCCAGCUUCGACGCCAUCCUGUACUACUACCAGUCCGGGGGGCGCAUCCGCCGGCCGGUCAACGUGCCCAUCGACAUCUUCUCCGAGGAGAUCCGCUUCUACCAGCUGGGCGAGGAGGCCAUGGAGAAGUUCCGCGAGGACGAGGGCUUCCUCCGGGAGGAGGAGCGCCCGCUGCCCCGCCGCGACUUCCAGCGCCAGGUGUGGCUGCUCUUCGAGUACCCGGAGAGCUCCGGGCCGGCCCGGGGCAUCGCCAUCGUGUCCGUGCUCGUCAUCCUCAUCUCCAUCGUCAUCUUCUGCCUGGAGACGCUGCCCGAGUUCCGCGACGAGAAGAGCUACUUCUCGGCGUCGGCGUCUCAGGAGCUGUUGGACGCGGCCAGCAACAGCACCUCGGGGGCCCGGGCCGGGACCUCCAGCUUCUCCGACCCCUUCUUCGUGGUGGAGACGCUGUGCAUCAUCUGGUUCUCCUUCGAGCUGCUGGUGCGCUUCUUUGCCUGCCCCAGCAAAGCCACCUUCUCGAGAAAUAUCAUGAACCUGAUAGACAUCGUGGCCAUCAUCCCUUAUUUCAUCACGCUGGGCACGGAGCUGGCUGAGCGCCAGGGCAACGGACAGCAGGCCAUGUCCCUGGCCAUCCUGCGGGUCAUCCGGCUGGUGCGGGUCUUCCGCAUCUUCAAGCUGUCCCGCCACUCCAAGGGGCUGCAGAUCCUGGGGCAGACGCUGAAGGCCUCCAUGCGGGAGCUGGGGCUGCUCAUCUUCUUCCUCUUCAUCGGGGUCAUCCUCUUCUCCAGCGCCGUCUACUUCGCCGAGGCCGAUGACCCCACUUCUCGGUUCAGCAGUAUCCCGGAUGCUUUCUGGUGGGCGGUGGUCACCAUGACGACCGUGGGCUACGGGGAUAUGCACCCAGUGACCAUAGGGGGCAAGAUCGUGGGGUCGCUCUGUGCCAUCGCCGGCGUCCUGACCAUCGCGCUGCCGGUCCCGGUGAUCGUCUCCAACUUCAACUACUUCUACCACCGGGAGACGGAAGGGGAAGAGCAAGCCCAGUACAUGCACGUGGGGAGCUGCCAGCACCUCUCCCCGUCGGCCGAGGAGCUCCGGAAAACACGGAGUAACUCGACUCUGAGUAAGUCGGAGUACAUGGUGAUCGAAGAGGGGGCUAUGAACCACAGCGCUUUCCCCCAGACCCCCUUCAAAACGGGCAACUCCACGGCCGCCUGCACCACGAACAAUAACCCCAACUCCUGUGUCAACAUCAAAAAGAUAUUUACCGACGUGUAAUGUGCUACAAGUGACAUGCCGUGCCCCGUAUUGUGUGCACCGUGCCCCUCGGUCUGUGUAUGCCCUUGUUCCGUACAUUUCAGACCAUCCACCGAGCAGAGGCCGCGCGGGGGCGGAAAGCACGCCUCGUCCUCCGUCUCCCCGCUGCUGCUUCCCGCUGAGCAGGUGGCUGCGUGGCAGGUGGGCUGCAUUCUCUCGGCGCUCUUUUUUUUUUCUUUCUUUCUUUCUCUCUCAUAAUCAUGCAAACGGCCAAUUUAAACUUGAUUUCUAGUACACGCCCUAUGGGGGGGGGGGGGACUUGUACAUCCUGGGAGGAAAUGAAACUAAAGAACAGUUACAGUAACUGUUUAACCUCAGAACUGAAAAGCAGCUGUUGCUCUCCUAAGCAAUGCAGGCACCGUAGCUUGGAUGCUUCAGUCUGAUGGACCUUUCAACAUUAUUGAAUAUUUAGUUCAAUCACCGACACUGUGGAUAUGGGGAUGGAAAGUCCAAUCAAAAAGACUUUUAAACCCCCCAUGAGUGUAUUUGGGUUUUGACUGGAGUUUCUGUUCUAUUCGGAACCCCCUUUCCCUGAAGGUUAAGGAUGUCUACAGCUUUGAACAAAGGGAGAUGCCCAAGAUGCACUGCUCUAAUUCAUGAACUCUUUGGGGCUUGUCAGGCAUUUCAAAAGUCUGAGACUAACAGGUUCCUGUGAAGUUCUGUGUGUGUGUGUGUGUGUGUGUGUGUUCCAGCCAUGAGGAACAGAUGUUUUCAGUGCUGCUGAGAGAAACAACAAAAAAAUUCCUAGUGCAUCUGAAAGGUGAACUUCUGCAGUAUCACAAGAAGAUUAAAGUGGCAGACACUCCUUCCAGUGGAAGUUACUAAUUCGGACCUGACUGAUGCAGUUUCCAUAGCAACCCAUGUUUCCUGGGAAACCCGAAAAAGGUUGUCAUGGCAUCUCUUGCUCUCUAUCCCCGCCCCCUAGCCCCUGCCGUUUCCACAGUAACCUUUCCAGAUGGUUCCUACUUAUGUGAUUUCAUAAGGAAAACCACUGUUUGAAUAAACCGCACAAAUAAAGUGAAGUCUGGGACUCCCAAGGUGUUGCAAUGAAUCACAAAAUGCAUAUUUUUUUACUACAAAAAAUCAUUGGCAUCAUCCUCUAACGACUGAAUUAAAAAGGAAAAUACCGUCUUCAGAAUAAUAGAUGCACACCAGGAUCAGGCAUAAUGUGAAUGAAAUGCCAGUAAUUAGGCAAUACUUUCAAAAGAUGCUUCUCUACUGUUUUCUUUCUCCAAGAAGUUUCCAGCCAACAAGUGAACUUAAAAAGCAAAUCUAAAAGUGCUCUGCACAUAAGCAAACGAAAGAUUCAAUCAGCGUACCUGAACCCUCAUUACAAGGGACCUCCAGACUUCCUCUUAAUAAAAAAUCCGGGUCCCACAGCAGCACUGCCACCAGCGCAGCACUUGAAAAGCUAAAUAAAAUCCAAAGCUGAAAA